AUGUCACAGCUGAAUUCACAUUUCGAUUUACACAGGAUUCUGAUCAAAAAUGUAACUGAAGUCACUAUGUUUAUAUUGAUGGGCUUCACAGAUGAUUCUGAGGUGCAAGUCUUCCUGUUUUUACUAUUUCUAGCAAUCUAUGUGUUUACUCUGAUAGGAAAUUUGGGAAUGGUAUUAUUGGUCGCUAAAGAUUCUCGACUACACAAUCCUAUGUACUAUUUUCUGAGUGUGUUGUCAUCCUUGGAUGCUUGUUGUUCUUCAGCUGUCACACCCAAAAUGUUGGUCAAUUUCCUGAAUGAGACCAAAGCCAUUUCUUAUACUGGAUGUGUGGCACAAAUGUUUCUCAUUGUUACAUUUGGGACCACAGAAUGCUUCCUCUUGGCUGCAAUGGCAUAUGAUCGCUAUGUGGCAAUCUACAACCCGCUCCUGUAUUCAGUUAGCAUGUCACCCCAAAUCUAUGUGUCACUCAUCAUUGCUUCCUAUGUUGGUGGCAUUUUGCAUGCAUACAUACACACAGUGGCCACGUUUAGCUUAUCCUUCUGUGCCUCCAAUGCAAUUAGACACAUCUUCUGUGACAUCCCUCCUCUCCUCGCUAUUUCCUGUUCUGACACUCACACAAACCAGCUUCUGCUCUUCUACUUUGUGGGUUCCAUUGAGAUCGUUACCACCCUGAUUGUCCUGGUCUCCUAUGGCUUCAUCCUGUUGGCCAUUCUGAGGAUGCGUUCUGCUGAGGGGAGGAGAAAAGUCUUCUCUACCUGUGGCUCUCACCUAACAGGAGUGUCAGUUUAUCAUGGAACCAUCCUCUUCAUGUACAUGAGGCCAAGUUCCAGCUACGCUUUGGACCAUGACAUGAUAGUGUCGACAUUUUAUGCAAUUGUGAUCCCCAUGCUGAAUCCCAUCAUCUACAGCUUGAGGAACAAAGAUGUGAAAGACGCAAUGAAAAGAGUGUUUUGGAAAAAUGGGUGUAUCAAUAAAGUACGUCUUCACACUAAUGACUAA